AUGCCCAAUGUACUGGCCCUUACCGUCUUCCUUCUCCCAUCAUAUUUCCAGAGCCUGUUCUCGCGCUCUUCCAGGUCGGCUAACGACGCGAAAGCCAACAAGAAACCGCUCCACGCAACCGCGUACCUAGACGGGCUCCGCGGCGUCGCCGCGCUCAUCGUCUACGUCUACCACUGGAACUACCUGUGGUUCCCGUUCCUGCGCAAGGGGUACGGGUCGCCGGCGGCCGAGAACGUGUUCCUGCAGCGGCCCAUCGUGCGGAUCCUGCACUCGGGCCGGGCCUCGGUGACGCUGUUCUUCGUCAUCUCGGGCUACGUCAUCACGCUCAAGACGCUGUCCACCAUCCACGCCGGGCAGACGGGCAGGGCACUCGAGGUUCUGUCCGGGUCGCUCUUCCGCCGGCCCUUCCGGCUCUACCUGCCCAUCAUCGUGCAGACGCUGGUGAUACUGGUCAUGAUCCGGUGGGACCUGUUCCAGCACGACGUGACGGGGUUCGGCUCGCCGCCGAGGAUGGAGACCCUGUCCCAGCAGCUGGACCACUGGUGGAUCAACUUCCAGUUCAUGGUCAACCCGUUCCGGGCGAUAUCGGGCAGGCAAAACCUGUACUCACCCCCGUAUAACGGCCACCUGUGGACCAUACCCAUCGAGUUCAAGGGGAGCGUUCUGGUAUUUGCGCUCCUGCUUGCCUUUGCGAGGUGCAGGCGCUGGAUCCACCUCGGUGCCACGGGCGCCUGCGCCAUAUGGCUGGCGCAGAUGGGUGACAUGGACAUGACCUUGUUCUGUGCGGGAAUGAUCCUGGCAGAGAUAAGCCUGCUGUUCCCGCCGUCCGACGGAGAGGCGUCUUCUCUGCCAUGGCAGCGGACACCGGCGGUGAAGAGCACAAAGCAGAUCAAGACGAUCAGGCUUUUCCGCCACAUGGCGACUAUAGCCUUGUUCCUCCUCGCCGUGUACUGCAUGUGCUACCCGGAGCAGGACGGCCCGGCGUCACCGGGCUACAUAACCCUGACGAAAAUGGUUCCGGUAUACUACAGAAGCCGUGAGGACUUCAUCGAGUGGUUCUGGACCGCCACGGGCUCAAUCCUGUUCAUCCCCGCACUCAUGUACUCGCCCACGUCCUCUGCGACACUCUUUCCCUCUCCCCGGCGCCUCCUCUGCUGUUUUGGGGCGGUCGCAGGCGGGCGAUUACGACUGAGACGCGCACCACAGGACAUAGAGCAGCAGCAGCAGCAGCAGCAGCAAAACACGGCGGCGAUCGAGCAGUUGCAACCACAACCCCAGCCUCAGGCACAGCCACUCUUGCAGCGCAUGUUCACGCACCCGUUCUCGCAGUACCUGGGGCAUAUCUCGUACGCGCUGUACCUGACGCACGGGUGCGUGAACCACACGAUCGGCACGCAGUUCCUCAACCCGGCGUUCGCGGGGUGGCGGGCGGCGGAGCAGAAGGCGGCGGCCAGCCAGCAGGAAGGGGUCGCGACCGUGGUGCUGGCGGCGGCCUGGAACGCUUACGUGUGGAAGGCGGCCUGGGCGACCAUUGUGAACACGUUCGUCCUGUUCUGGGUCAGCGACGUCUUCUGGCGGCUCGUCGACGCCAGGGCUGUCUUACUUACCAGGUGGCUGGGAGAGAAGGCGAAGGCGAAAUAA